GAAAAUAGACCGUAUUCAUUCCAACUUCCAAGUCAAUUCUUGGCCAAAACCCUUAAACCCUGAAGAACAAACAACAAGGCAUAUGUGGCGCCACUGCCGACACAAACGACCGCAAUCCGCCGCUACCCGCCCCUCCUCCGCCCAUGAAUUCUGAUUCACGCUACCCAUAAGCAAUGUUGAUCUUCUCCAAGUUCAAGAAAUCAUUCUCUCCUUGCUCCUCCGCCUUCCGCCGAACCACUAACAAUUCUCUCCGAUCAUUUUCCGUAUCUUCCAACCUACAAGGUCUUCGUUUCUGUAUCUGGGUUGCACUCAAAUUCGACACUUUUACCGACGAACCCUAUAACAUGGUUAGUGAUAUCCUUUCCUGUAACAAUUGGCAUUCUAUUUACUGGGAAGCUCUUGAGCUUCUCAAUAAAAAAGGAAUUUUGUUAACUUCAGAUUCCGUUAGAGCUUUAGUUAGGUCUUAUUCUCAUUUGGGUCACACCGAUAAAGCUAUAGAGGUGUUCGGUAGAAUGCGCGAAUUAGAUGUUAUUCCUGAUGCUCAUAUUUAUAACACAAUUUUGAGAGAUGUGUUGAGAAAACAGUUAUUUGAACUUGCUUCGGCAUUGUAUACUACUAUGGUUAAAUCCAAUGUUGUUCCUAAUUUAAAUACUUAUAACAUGUUGAUUGAUGGGUUUUGUAAAAGUGGUAACAUGGCGGGUGCAUAUGAGAUGCUUAUCGAAAUGGAAAAGGUUAAUCUUACUCCUGAUGUUGUAACGUAUACUUCGGUUCUUUAUGGCUCAUGCCAGGCGAAAAAUGUGGAUAAGGCACGGAAUGUGUUUAAUGAGAUGAAAAUCAUGAAAUGUCCGCCGGAUAUUGUUUCUUGUAAUGUUAUGCUGAAUGGGUAUUGUCAGAUGGGGAGGUUAGAUGAAGCACUUUCUUUUGUACUGUCGAUGAAGACAGAUGGUUUCUCACUUAAUCGAAAUGGCUAUUGUUCUCUUCUUAAUGCAUUUUUUAGAGCUAGGAGAUAUAGUGAAGCAUACGCGUGGUAUGCAAGGAUGUUUAAGGAGGGUAUUGCGCCUGAUGUUGUUAUGUACGCCAUUAUGAUGCAUGGUCUGUCGGAUGAAGGUAGGGUUGUUGAAGCUGCUAAGAUGUUAGAUGAGAUGACUCAGAUAGGUUUAAUUCCUGAUGCUUAUUGCUACAAUGCAAUAAUUAAAGGUUUAUGUGACAUAGGUCUUUUCAAUCAAGCGCAAUCUCUUCGUCGUAAGAUUUCCGAGCACAAUGUUUACACCCACACGAUUAUCAUAUCUGAAAUGUGCAAAAGAGGAAUGAUUGAUGAAGCACAGGAAUUAUUUAACCGGAUCGAGAAGCUUGGAUGCGUUCCUUCAGUUGUGACCUUCAAUGCGCUUAUAGAUGGACUGUGCAAAGCCGAUAAACUUAAGGAGGCAUACCGUUUAUGUUCCGAUAUGUGGAGACAAUAUUGGUUAUCCUCAAGGGGUCCUGAUCUCCAGGAAAAGGUGGAGCAAAUGUUUGCGGCCGGGCAAUUUUUGAAUGCUUACGAUUAUGUCACUCUUACCAAUAGUAGGGUUAAGCCUGACAUUAUUACAUACAACAUUCUAAUCAAUGCCUGUUGUAGGGCUGAUGAGAUUGAAUUUGCUUUUCACCUUUUUAAGGAACUGCGAACGAAUGGUCUCUCACCUGAUAGUGUUACUUAUGGGACACUCAUUAAAGAGUGUUUCAUAGUUGACAGUGAAGAAAAAGCCUUUAACAUUUUGGAGCGUAUGCGGGAGGCUGGCUGUGAACCUACCCUUUCAUUUUAUAAAACACUUAUGACUUCGUUAUGUAAAAAUCGCAAGGUCUCUCCGGCAUUAAGUCUUUAUUUGAAAUAUUUGAAGAGCCUCCCAAGUCGGGACAAUGAUUCAAUCAGUGCUCUAGAGGAAUAUUUAGUUGGAUGGAAAUUGGAUGGAGGAAAAUUGGAACAAGUGAUUCGAGGUUUACUUGAACUGGACUUCAGGGCCAAAGAUUUUAAAUUAGCUCCUUACACAAUUCUACUUAUUGGAUUCUGUCAGGUAGAAAAAGUACGUGAAGCAUUAAUUAUAUUCUCUGUUCUUGGCGAGUUCAAUAUCAAAAUCAACGAUACAAGUUGCGUACAUUUGAUCAGAGGUCUUUGUAAGGAAAAUAACAUAUAUGACGCAGGAAUAAUAUUUCUCUACAGUCUUGACAAAGGUUUCAUGUUGAAGCCAAAAAUUUGUUAUCAACUCUUUGUGCGUCUUCUUGAUUCCCAAUAUAAGUUGGCAGUUUAUCUUAUUGGCAGGAUGAAAUCUUUUGGAUACCGUUUAGAUUCAUUAGAAAUUGCAUUACAGUGUCUCGUUGACGCCAAUACAAAAAGAAAGAAAAUAAAGUCUGUUCUCAGUAGAGAUUAAAUUACAUUUACUGAUUCAGAUGAACAGGUUUCUGUAUGGGUCUCUUCAGUGAAUAUCCUCAGUUAGGAAAAUGGUCGUGAAUCAAGAGACUCACUAUACUUUGUGAUGAACCAAAGGGCUAAUGUUGUCAGGGAAAACUUUUGUGCUCUAUUGUUCCGCAUGGUUUGUUGUAUGCCUCAGAGCCUCGAGCAAAUGUCGGCAAAGAAGAUUAGAAGACAGAAAGCAGACUGCCAAUUCCCAUGUGAGCAUUAGUUGUGGUGAUAUCUCAUAAUAUACACUGGUAGGUAAGGGCAUCUUUCUUUAGGAUAGUCAUUGUCUAUUCUGAAUGAGAAAUUCUCCUUGCUAAUAGUAUAUUUCACGGGGUUUCUAUUCGAUGUCCGCAUCCUUUUGGCAUUUAAACAUGCAAGGAUCACAACUGAUACAUAAAGUUUAGACAAUAUUACCUGUUCGUUGUAAUUUGUAACAUGUAUCAAAAUGCCAGGUUUGUUUUGUGAAUUUUUGCUUAGCUUAAGUCAUAUUGGCAAUUUUAUAUGAUGUUCUAUAAUCCUUGUAUGUUAGUCCAAUGGAUGGAGCUGAAAAAAAUUUGCUCACACAUCACACUUCAGUGGGAAGAAUUUUCUAAAUUAUACCCAAGUAACAAUAUUUCCUAUAUGAUACUUAAAUUAAAUUCUGCAUUUGGGUGGUUUUAGAUCUUCCAAGAAGAAUUUUUUUAUUGUUUUCCCUUGUAAUUGGUUAUUGUCUUCUUUCUAAACAAGAUCUUCAAAUUUAAUUUGAUUGCGCCUAUUCCUGAGUUUGACAUCCUAGUGUGGAGCCUAAGAUCUUUUGUAUUUUAGGCAGGUUUGAUUAGACCACAGCGUGCCCGAGGAGCGAAGAAGAAUAACAAUGGGGGUAGAAAACAAAGACGCAGAGAUUGUAAAAACACGUAUCGACAAGAGGAGUUACAGAAGAAUCGUUCUCCGUAACUCUCUUCAAGUUCUCCUCAUCAGCGAUCCCAAUACUGAUGAGUGUGCUGCUUCCAUGAGCGUUGGCGUCGGUUACUUCUCUGAUCCUGCUGGUCUUGAAGGCCUCAUGCAUUUCCUAGAGCACAUGCUGUUUUAUGCUAGUGAAAAGUACCCUGUGGAAGAUAGCCACUCCAAGUAUAUUACCGAGGUUUAAGGAUGUCUUAUCUUUUUGUAUCAUCAAAUGGAAGAAGCACUGAUGCUUUUACAUCUUCUGAGAACACCAAUUAUUUUUUUGAUGUAAACAAUGGUUUUGAAGAGGCUUUGGACAGUGGGUGGAGCAUAUGUUGAAGAGGGUCGGGUAGACAAAGCGUGCAAGGUGUGCACCAAGGGUGAAGCAAGCUUGGAAGAUAUGUCGAUGUAGCAUGUCUAGAAGAGAAGACCAAAACUGGAACCGUUUACAAGACUCUUCUCUUUAUGAUCAUAGAUAUUUUCUUCCUCAACACCAACAUGCGUCGAAUAUAUGCCUGCCUCACUGAGCCUCUUGCACCAUUCUUCCUCAACACCAACAGCAACUUCAAUUCCGGCAGCUCUCAAUCUAUCGACCCCCUUGGAUUCACCAUCCCAACAACCUUUUUAACUUUGGCGAGCUUCAGUACAGGGUGGAGUGAGGCCUCCCAAAAUGAUUUGAUUACAAGGCUCUAAACUGACAUAAGCUGUUGCAUUCUCUGCCACAUCACCAUCAGCAUCUCUCGGAGCAAAACCUGAAAAACACAGGUACAUAUUCUGAGAAAGACUAGAACCAAACAGUAAAACAUGGAUGAUCCAUUCACCAGAAAAAAGAAGAAAAAAUAUGUAUGUCCCUGGCUGGAUGUCUCACAAAAAUCAUGAUUUAAAUUCAAAUUAUGCUGGAUGUCUCGCAGAUUUAGAUGAAAUCAUUUGAAUUGCUUAGAACUCUAAAUUAUCUGAAAUUUUUAAUUACUUCAUUCAAACACAAUCCAGAAACCAGGUUUCAUGAAGAAUUUCAUGUGAAUUUUCGUACUCGUGUUAAUGGGA